AUGUUAAAUCUCCUGAAUGAAACCUUCUCAAGCUUGUUGCAACCUUUUUCCUUCAAGUAUUUAGCACUUCUUGCAAUUUUCGUCAUCCUUAUAUAUAAAUGGUUCUCCACUUCCGCAAACUCAUCACCACGUUCUCCACCAAAGCUCCCUAUCAUUGGAAACCUUCACCAACUAGGCCAGCACCUUCAGCGCUCUCUUCAAACCCUAGCUCAACGCCACGGGCCGCUCAUGCUCCUCCAUUUUGGAAGUGUGCCGGUCCUUGUGGUCUCCUCAGAUGAGACUGCCCGCGAGAUCAUGAAAACCCAUGACAUCACAUUCGCCAACAGACCCAAGAACACCUUCUUCAAGAAGAUUUGCUACAACUUCAAAGACGUGGCCUCGGCUCCUUAUGGUGAGUAUUGGAGGCAGAUGAAAAGUAUAUGCGUCUUAAAUCUCCUUAGCAACACAAGGGUUCGUUCUUUUCGUGCGGUAAGAGAAGAGGAAACUAAAUCCAUGAUCGACAAUAUAACUAAGCACUGCUCCUCAUCCCCCUCCUCAGCAUCAUCAGCGUUUAAUUUAAGUGAAAUGCUCGAGACGCUUACGAAUGAUGUUAUCUGUAGAGUGGCUCUUGGGAGGAAGUACAGCGAUGGCGGGGAACGUGGGAGGACGUUUAAGAAGCUUGCUGGGGAGCUGACGUUGGUGAUGUCGCGUAUCCAUAUUGGAGACUACAUCCCAUGGCUUUCCUGGAUCGCCCGUCUCAAUGGUUUGGACGCCAAGUUUGACGAUCUGGCUAAACGGUUCGAUGAGUUUUUAGAAAUAGUUGUUCAAGAGCAUAUGGAUGAAUUUGAUGGUCUUACCAAGAAUGAGGACCAAAAGGAUCUUGUGGACGUUCUGCUUUGCCUUCAGGCUGAUUCUCCUAUUGAUAGAGUUAGCAUCAAGGCUGUCAUCUUGGAUGUGUUUGUUGGUGGCACUGAUACCUCAUUUACACUCCUAGAGUGGACAAUGUCCGAGCUUUUAAGGCAUCCAAGAGUCAUGGAAAAAUUGCAGAAUGAGGUACGAGGGAUAGUGGGCAAGAAAACAGACAUAAUUAGAGAGGAUGAUUUGGUUGGAAUGCACUACUUGAAGGCAGUGAUCAAGGAGACUCUUCGCCUACAUCCUUCAAUUCCAUUGCUAUUGCCCAGGCUAUCGACCCAAGAUGCACAAAUAAAUGGCUACGACAUUAAAGCCAACACACAAGUUAUAGUGAAUGCAUGGCAAAUUGGAAGAGAUCCCAAGUCAUACAACAAACCAGAGGAGUUCGAGCCAGAAAGGUUCUUGGACAGUGUCAUAGAUUAUAAAGGCAAUUACUUCCACUACAUUCCAUUUGGGGCUGGUAGAAGAGGUUGCCCAGGAAUUCAGUUUGCCAUGGCUGUCCAAGAGAUUGCUUUGGCAAAUUUAGUGCACAAGUUCGACUGGGCGCUGCCCAAUGGCACAAGAGGGGAGGACUUAGACAUGACUGAAUCUACUGGAGGAAGCAUUCGCAGAGUAUUAAAAAGAGUACAAAGGUACAGUACAGAGGUGGGUGCUUGGGGAAGUGGAGGAGAUGUCUGCUGUGCGGUGGAGGAAGAGGGAGAAGGGUGGGGUAUGCAUGUUGUGAGGGAAGGGGUUUGA